AUGUCAACAAACCCUACGCCUAAUGAGAAUAAUGAUUUCCCCUUUAGAAACAAAAUAUAUAUUAUCCAAGAUAAAAAGUAAAAAUAAAAAUCAAUUAGACCUUAUGAUUUUUUUUGUCCAUUUAAGAAAAAUUCAUUUCAAAUAUCGAAAAUGGCAGAAGGGGAUGAUUAAAAUGAUUGGGAGGUAACUGAAGAAUCAAAAUGUUAUAUUAAUUGGUGCUGUUGCUAAUAUAAAUCUAUGACGCUCAUUUUUAAAGAAAAAAAAAAUAAUACAUAAGUUUAUAAAGCUGAAAGUAAAGAUUUAUUCUAUUUAGGACCUAAUAUUGUAUUUUGUAAUAAUAAUGUAUUGAUGAAUAUUAAAUAGAAUAAUGUUGAAAUAGGACUGAUUUAAGGUGUUUAGGAAGAUAUAGAAAAACUAUGUAAAUAAUAAAAAAUAACAUAUCCUUGUUUUCAAAUUACAUACACAGAUAAUGAUAAAAAUAAAUAAACCUUUGUCAUAGCAAAGGAUAAAUAUAAAAUCAAUAAUUUUUAUCUAAGAGAAUGUUGCUUACCUCAUAAGGCACUUGAAUUUAUAAUCUAUUAAGUUUAAAAAGAUUAAAAAGAUAAAAAAGAUUAAAAAGAUUAAAAAGAUUAAAAAGAUUAAAAAGAUUAAAAAGAUUAAAAAGAUUAAAAAGAUUAAAAAGAUUAAAAAGAUUAAAAAGAUUAAAAAGAUUAAAAAGAUUAAAAAGAUUAAAAAGAUUAAAAAGAUUAAAAAGAUUAAAAAGAUUAAAAAGAUUAAAAAGAUUAAAAAGAUUAAAAAGAUUAAAAAGAUUAAAAAGAUUAAAAAGAUUUAUAUUCAUUCGAAUAAAUUGGAUCAAUUACGAAUAACAAUGAAAAUUAGAAAGUAUCUUGUACAAGAGCAGAUUCAUUUUUUUUAGAAAUCACCAAAGACCAAAUCUUCCAAAGAGAAACCACCAAAGACAAAAGCUUCCCAAGAGAAAUAGUCCUAUUGAUUUUUGGUUGCUUGUAACUUAAUUAUCAAGAAUUUGAGCAUUUGAUUCAUUAUCCUUGA